AUGAAACGGGAGAUCGUCCGCCGUGCAACUCAAGAUUGUCUAAGCAAGUUUUGCGUUGAAUUUGUCUCUUUAUUAGUGCGUGGCACUGGAGCACGUCACCGUGUCAAGCCGUGGCCGGUCUCUGCCCACACUGGGAAGUUCAACCGAUUGGAUCUCCCUCCUGAGUCUCCAGAUAAGCAGUUUGUGCUGUUUGUGGGCGACUCGCAUCUGCGUGCGUUGGUUGACCGUUACGUGAGGAUGCCAGACGGUUGCCUUUCGUUUGGGUUCCUGUCUACGCCUGGGGCGUCUGCCGCUGAGCUCCGCACUGAGUUGCUGAACGCAGACAUCCCCAGAACCCCCGACAUCGUUUGCUUGCUGGCUCCAAGCAACAACCUCACCGCGACGCCCGGCAUCGAAGCGGCUGGAGUUGCCUUCGAUGGACUUCUGAGAGCUGCCCGCAGUCGAUGGCCUAAGGUGUUUGUGCUCGAUUUCCCUCCCCGGCUGGCGAGUGAAUUGGCACCGCAACAAUUCCUUCGAGAGGAGUUUCGUCGCGUUGCAGCAAAGAACGAUGUAAAGUACUGCGUCACAGCUGACCGCUUUCCGCUGGACUCACGUGCCUUGUGGAGUCGUGAUGGGAUCCACCUGAGUGACGAUCGGGGGAUGCCGCUUCUCGCGAAGCUUCUGUGGCACUUCUCCUUUCGGCAGCUACAGUCACCUCUGCCUGUUACACCUCCGCCUGUGUCUCCUCCCAAGUCACCCCCGACUGUGAGACCCUUUGCUACCACCGUGGUUGUGAAGGGAGAGGUUUCCCGUCCACGUCCCCUUGACCCCUUCAAGGAAACUGUCGUCGGACGUCGCGGAAAGCGCAGCCAACCUGAGUCCUGGGAUGUGCCUGAGGACUGGGAUCAGUCUUCCGUGCGGAUCCUUCCUCAUGAGGUUUGUGUGCCUCCUCUGGUCCUGAGGGAGUGCUUUGUCGUGCUAAACCCUAUCCGGUUUAGCACUGACAAGUUGGCUGCAAUGGAUCGCAUUGUUCCAUCCAACCUUGACGUCCCCAUGGGGAAUCGCUCAAAGAAACGGAAGGUGGCACAUGGAACCACGGCUGUGGUCUCCAAAGGAAAGAAGGCCCGCCUUGAGGCACUUCCAACUCCAGCAAGGAUUGCUAAACCUUCGAAGCUGGUACCUCCCCCUCGACCUGUGCCAGAAGCGGCUGUGCCAGCCACCCUGGAGGGCUGCGUCUUUGUGCCUUCGAGCAAGAAAGUGUAG